AGAGGUGAUUCUUGUUUCAUCCCAUCUUCUCAUCUCAGUCUCAGUCCCUCCUUUCUCAAAUUCCUCUGUGCUCUCGGUUCGAAACGUGACGGCGACACUGUCUUCCUUGUUCUUUGCGGCGCAGGAAGUGAAGAUGAAAAGGUCAUCUCUUUUCAUGGGUGCAGCCACGGCUGUGAUGGCUGGUUGUUGCGGUGCUAUGCUUGCUAACUCAUUCUUACCAAAAGAAAAGCUAAAUGAUUACAUAUGGGGUCUUGUUCAGAAAGCAAUCACACCUUUUUCAACCGAUAUGACGACCAUUGUCAUAAACGAACGUUCAGGAGGCUUACCUAACAAGAUGUUCCAUGAUGCACAAGCGUAUAUGGCCACCAGGAUCACUCUUUCCACUUCCAACAGGCUCAGCGUAGUCAAACGUAAUGGAGUAACUGGAUUACUGUUGCUAGAGAACGAUGCAUUCCUUGACACUUUCAGGGGAAUCAAGAUCAGAUGGAUCCUCCGUACUCGCCAAAUCGAUAGGAACACAGGAGGAAGAUCAUCAAAAGUUCAAUACUACGAUCUCAUCUUCCCCAAAAAAGAAAGGGACUUGGUCAUUGAAUCAUACUUGCCUUUUGUCUCACUCGAAGCUGAAUCUAGUCCCUUCCUUGUUAUUCUGUAGUCAGUUCCUUGGUACUUAUUAGUUCUUGGAGGUUAAGUAAUUAGUAGUUCCUUUUUUGUUUAUUGUGUUUCCUAAAUCAUUGUUAGGUGGAAAUAUCUCAAUUAUAUUUUGUGAUACCACCAUGGAUCUCUAGUUUAAUUAUAAGUGAAGGGUCAUAGAAUGAUGGAUGACUUGUGUUGUGUUUUGAUGA